AGUCUGCAGCGAGCGAGUGGGACAGUUCACAUUCCGGGCUGAAACAUCGAGCUGCCCCCCUUCCAGCUGGUCACCCUCAUGGAAGCUGUGCUCAGCAGGAAUUGAAUGACCUUCAUAAUCCUCCACCAGUGGCCUCUCCUGACAGCACAAUGGCCGCUGGAAUGGAGGAGAAUUGGCCGGUCCCAAUGAGAGCGAUUGGAGCUCAGAACCUUCUCACUAUGCCGGGAGGAGUUACACAGUCUGGCUAUCUCCAUAAGAAAGGAGGAUCCCAAUGGAAGAUCAUGAAGUGGCCACUGCGAUUUGUUAUCAUUCACAAGGGCUGCAUUUAUUACUUCAAAUCCAGCACCGCGGCCUCUCCACAGGGAGCUUUUUCUCUCAAUGGGUACAACAGAGUUAUGAGAUCAACAGAAGAAACAACAUCAAGCACUGUGUUUCCCUUCAAAAUCAUUCACAUUAAUAAGAAACACAGAACCUGGUACUUUUCAGCAGCAUGCGAGGAGGAGAGAAAGAAAUGGAUGAUGGGUUUGCGAAAAGAAAUUGAUCGUUAUCAUGAGAAGACAGACAUGCAAGGGAAUUUGAGUGACUAUUCUGAUGCCGAGAAGUUUUAUGGCUCAAUAGAGCGUCCAGUACAGAUAAAAUACACAGCAAAAGAAUCAGAAUCUGGAGAUUACGCAGUUGAUGAGGAGGAGGAGGAAGAGGAAGAAGAGGAGGAGGAUGACUACCUGAGACCAGAUGGACUCUCUGUAGAAUCAGAAGGUGUUCGCCCUAUGUUGAAUUCUCCAAGUCAGCUAGAAAAGAGCAAUAAAAAACCACUUCCUCCUCUGCCACCACCCACACAAAGACGCAUGUCACAUGAGUUGGUCAUUAUUAAAGAAGGUGUAUCAAGUUCAUCACAGGAUCAUUUGCCUUCCCCUUCUUCUACAAAAACUGAAACCAGUGCAUUGUUCAAAUGUCUGUCUCCCAAAGCUUCUCCAGGCUGUCCAAACCCCCCUAAUGUACAUUUAAAAUCCACUUCAAAUGGAAAGGAGCAACACAGGAGAUACUCAGAAACUACAGACUCUGACAUCAAAGUGAAAAGCAAAUUUGCAAUGGAGUUAAAUAAGCAUUUACAACAUACAGCUGGAAAAGAGACAUCACUUGAUGUUGUAUCCCCUUCUGUACUCUUCUACAAAGGACAUAAUUCUGGAUCUCCUUCCACACUCAUGAGCAAAGCAUUAGGCACAGUACCUCUUCCAGUGCCUAUAAACAAAGGAACUGUCACUGUACCUCCUCCAGUACCAAUGAAUAAGAGAACGAGCACUGUACCUCCUCCAGUACCAAUGAAUAAGAGAACGAGCACUGUACCUCCUCCAGUGCCAAUGAAUAAGGGAGCUAACACUGUACCUCCUCCAGUGCCAAUGAACAAAGGAACUGGCACUGUACCUCCUCCAGUACCAAUGAACAAAGCAGCUAACACUGUACCUCCUCAAGUACUAAUGAACAAAGCAGCUAACACUGUACCUCCUCCAGUACUAAUGAACAAAGCAGCUAACACUGUACCUCAUCCAGUGCCAAUGAACAAAGGAUCUAAUGCUGCACCUCCUCCAGUCCCUGGCAAUAAAGGAUUUACUGCUGAAUCUACAAUAUUUAUGAGCAAAGAACCAAGCACUGCAUCUCCUUCAAUACUCACGACAAAAGGAUGUAAUGCUGGAUCUCCUCCUGCACCAUUGCCCAAAGGAUCGAAUGCAAGCCCUCCUCCAUUACCAGCAAACAAACCCAUGUUUACACCAAUUCCAUCUGAACUGGUACAGGUCAAGCCUAAACUAUAUAAACCAGAACUGCUGCCAAAAGGAACUUCAGCUUUCACCAAGCAACUACCUCCUGCUGUUAAGCCUAACUUUCAACAACAUGAUACAAAACUGCCAAAACCCUUACACCGCUCAUCUCCUGAAGGACGAAGUUUUCGGUCUGCUGAAACUGAAAAGCUGGUUCCACGCCUAAGGUCUCAAUCGCAGCCAUCACGGAGCCAUGUAACUGAGAGUGAUGAUGAUGAUUAUGAAAAUGUACAGCUGCCACCCUCUGUCUUUGUAAAUACAACAGAAUCCAAUGAUGUUGAGAGGUUGUUCAUAUCUACACAUCCCAGAUCCAACCCAGAGAAUGGACUGUACUGUAUACGGAAUUCUUCAAAGGCAGGAAAGGUUUUAGUUGUAUGGGAUGGCUCAGAGAAGAAAGUGAGAAACUACAGAAUUUUUGAAAAGGAAUCCAAGUUCUUCCUAGAAGCGGAUGUAAAGUUCAUAUGCCUCGCAAGCAUGGUUGAGUUUUACCAUAAGCACACACUUCCAAUACAUGACAAUUUACGUCUCAAAGUGCCUUAUGGCUAUGAGCACCCAACAUGACAUUAACUCUUCAUAUACUGCCUCUUUGGAUGUGAAACAAAUCAAUAUGAUCAACAAGACAAAUUAAACUGCACAUGAAAAGCUUGGAUGAUUUAAGCAAUACUGUUCUAGAAGAAGGCAGAAAGAAAGAAAAAAAAACAGAAUUGUUGUACAUUCCAUCAGUUAUUGUAACAGGACAACCUGGAAAGCUGUGAAAUAUCAUUUAUCAAAGCAAAAAGGCUGUAAUGCCUUCUGUUGACUUCUCUCACGUUUCUGUGUCAUACAGAAAAGAUACUGGCAAUUGUUGGAACUGAGAUAAAUCUUUUCCUUUUCUGGUUGUGAAGCACUUUCUGCUCAGAAUCCUGACCAAUCAGAGACAACUAUCGGAUCACCUGGGCUCUUCAAACUCUGCAUUUAUUGUCAACAUCCACCUCAAGACCAGAGUUCUGAGGAACAUUUGACGCAAAAUAUUAACUCUGAUUUCUCUCCACUGAUGCUGGCAGACUUGCUGAGCAUUUCCAGUAAUUCCUAUUUUUGUCUCCAGAGACAUAGAGAUAUGUAGCAUGGGCCUGUAUUACAAUUUAAUUUGCCUUUUCAGCACUGACCUACUAUAUUGAUUAAUAAUCCUGUAAUUGGAUUCCUUAUACAUUCCUCUGGUAACAAUUAGAAUUUAUUGCACAUUAAAAGGAAUUCCAAGACGAGAGAAAA